UCUAAAGAUAUAAAUAAGAAUUAUGACCCUCUAAAACCAGUUAGUCCACCUGAAGAAAAACAAACAAUAUCAAAUAUCUGUUUUCCUAUAAAUUGUCUUGUAAACGAAUCACAGCAAAUGCAUUCAUUCGGUCAAGCGAUGUUCCCUAAAUACAUAUCAAAUGUACCAAAUAUCAUUUGGACACCAAUACAGCUGCCAAUGUGUGUGGCCAAUUUAACAGAUAUUAAGAAACAAACAUUGGACCAAAUUACCCAAACAUCUGAACCGGAUCGAGAUAUGUUUGUACAAACAUGUGCAAUGCCUUUGACCCAACGUUUCGCUCUAUUUGAUAACAUUAAAACUAAUUUGACCCUUAAUUCUAAUACAAAUAAAUACUACAAUUGUGCGAACGAUAUGAGGUCUCGAUGUUCGACGCCAAAGAAAAAUUGGUGGAACAUAGAAAAGAUUAAUUCAAAUACUAGCAUAUGCAAAUCACAAAUUAAAAGAAAACACGAUGACUUUAAAUUCUUGUUAAAAGAACCACAAUUGAAACGAAUAAGAACAUUAUCGGGAAGUCAUUUUAAACAUCGAUUUUCAAAUAAUCUUAAUUCAUCAUUCGACUCCAUUGAAAAUGCGAACUUCGAUACACAACAUAAGGUUCAAAAUUCAACGACGAAUCCAGAAAUUGACGGUGCUGUCAAAGAAUUGGACCGAGGCGAUUUGCGAAUUUUGUUGCAAAUGAAAAGACGAAGAUCAAUUGAUGUCGGUACGAUGUAUAAUUUAAAUAAAAGGCAAGAGUCGCCGAAGAAAAAAGUGACAUUUAAUCUUGACAAUAAUAACGACGACGAUUCUUUAACUGAUACUAAUAAGGAGCAAAGCAGAACAGCAGUACCGAUUGAAUCAUUAAAAGAUUUGAUCAAAGACAAUGUUGAAGUAUCGUAUGUUGCCGUGGACGAAGAUGUUUUGAUAGAUGACUUCAACUUUAUAAUGGAUUAUAUAAAUGGAGAUGACCACUGCAAGUUAUUGAUACCAGAUUCUAUGGUGAAAUACAUAGAGUCGUUAGGUAGAGGCGAGCAUGGUGGUCGUGAUCGUGUGAUCGUUGCGCGGCAGGUCUAUCGGCAACUUGUGACUUCGAGACAGGUACAAAUAGUUGAAGCAGAGGGCACGUCGCUUAUGGAUGACAUAGUCAAAUGCUGUUUGCAAGUUUUGGAUGAAGAUAAACAUAUUGUACUUAUAACGGAAAAUUUAGAAUUGGAAAAUGUAGCGAAAGUGUAUGGAAUCGAUGUUUAUUCGUUGGAUUUUAUCAAAAAUUAUAUAAGUAAUUCUAAUACAAGAGAUCCCACCGGAAAUAAUACCAUAGAUAAUCUUUUUCUACAAAAUAUAAACGAUUUUGAUCCUUUUGUUUUGAGCAAGAGCGUUAAUAAUAAGAAUACACCCAAAAUUAAACAAUUUAGCUAUAAUAAGUAUAUAAGUAUUCAUUUUGGCGACGAGACAGGGAGACGAGAAAUAAAUAACAAUGCUAAGGAUACUCGUAGACGUAGACACAUAUUUGAUACAAUAAAUGAUAUAAAUACAGAAAAUAAUUCGUCAGAUGUUUGCAAUCGUAUUGAAAAAUUAAAAAUAAACGAUGAAAAUUUGAAAGACAUUAGGAGAGUUAUUAACAAUUCUAUAUUUAUAGAUAAUUCCGAUAGAAAAGUGAGUUCCAUAACAACGAAGAAACAGACGGACAGACAGAAAGUAUGUGAUGAUAUUAACAAUGACCGAAUCGGUCUGAUAAAUAAUAUGAACAGAGAUAAUGAACAGAAAUUCAAAACUCAAAUAGAAAGUGAUCAAAGGAAACAAAAUUACUUGACAAAAUUCAUCGUAAAUCUUAAACAAGAUGAGACACAUACAGAUCUACAUCAGAAUUCGGUUACCAUAGACAAUGGAACGAAUUUAAACAAACACAACGGGUCAGCUGUAUCAAUAGACAAUCAUUUAGAUGAUGAACAAAGGUUGAUUGUUGAUGAUGAAGAUAUCAAAUAUAAUAUCGUCGUCAGAUUGGAUGAAUGGGUCUGUUGUUACGUUCAGAUAAUGGAGGAAUUUAUUCAGAAUGUUUUGCAGGGACAUUUUAGCGAAGACAGUGAUAUGCCGUAUUUUCUAAACGAAGGUUUGGAAUUCUUGAAGGAAAUAUAUGUUAGCAACAAAGCGAUUACAGGAAUCAUUGAUACGUUGUUAGCGCUUAGUCGACGUUUUACAACGAAAGGUAACGCCCCUUUUUGUGUUCUAGUGGAAUAG